CAAUGUUUUUCCAGCCAAACACACCUCCAAUCUCCCUACAGGGUGCUUACGGUUACGGCAGGUUCUCCUUGGAGGGUGGGUUGCGCUUGGCUGCGGUGGGGCCCAGUCGCGGCAGAUCCUUCUGCCUCGACGUUGGGCCGGCCCUCCCACCCGUAUGGCGCCCAAUCAGAUAGACGUUCGUUGUCAAACCAUGUGCUGUACAAGAACCCGCCCCCAGGUGAACACGGUUGGUGGAUGCGCAAAGGAAAAGAGGCGGAUUUGCCGUUUUUGGACCUAGAUUAGCUUGUUACAGGAUUAAGACCCUCUGGCAGACUAUUUUCAUGAAAGAGAGGCGUUUGGUUGUUGGUUGUUGGUUGUUGGUUGUGAUCUCCUUCAUGCGGUGUGGUGGACGAUCUCCUUCAUGCGGUGUGGUGGACGAUCUGGGCCAACGAGGCCAGGGUGCUUGCGUGCGCGCCUGAAAGAGGGCGGGGCGGGGCGGGGCUCUCGCAGGUGCGAAUAGGGCGCACAGGAGUUUUGGUUGAGGAUUUGACGUUCCCGCAACCAUUUUUGAUGCGCGGAUAUGUCUCUAUCGGGCGAUAGGUUUAGUGUGGAGGCGUGGCUGUGAGGGACCUCGAAAACCGAGGUCUGGUGGUCGCGUCUCAUAACAUGGGCGACUAACGGCCACGUCCCCUUGUGCCACAAUGAAAGGCCUUUUUUAACUGGUUGGCACGAGGGACCUGCAUUUAGCCAGCG